AUGAGCCGCCUUCUGCUCAGGUUUCUCGAGUCCCAUGCCUUGGAAGAGGAUUCAUGGAUCCACUUUUCCACUUUUGAAGCGAACAAAGCACCCCUAGAAUUAGUGAUGGCUUGUGUCGCGUCAGGUGCCAUUAAAUCUACGACCAGUGCCUUUCGAAGGUUUGGCAAAGCUCUCCACAGUAUUCUGCACCCAUAUCUCUUUCAAGUGUUCGAAAACAACAUCAUACGAACGCGCCAUCUACCAUACAUCCAGGCUCUCGCACUUUUUGUUCAGAUCGGAUUAUGGAGUGGAGAUAGGCGUAUGAUGGAAAUAUCUGAAGCGGUCGUGGGAUGCGUAAUUCAAAUGCUGCGAUAUGGUGGUUGGUAUCGAGGUUCUACUUUCCAGGGUAUCAGUGCUUCUCCCGAUGACGAUGGUGAAGUGCUUGAAGCCAAAUGGCAGAAUUGGGUGGAAGAAGAAUCAUUCAAGAGAUUGGUUUUCCACAUGCAAGUACAUUGCUCGAAGGGAUCUCUUACAACGGGUACCAGGAUGCCCGUUUCAUGCUUUGAAUUAUUGCUGCCACUUCCAUAUUGUCGACGACUGUGGGCUGCAAAGACAUCUUUGGAGUGGAAAGAGAUCUACGUCAGCCUUAUAUCUCAUGGGCUAACCCCAAAAAUCUCCGCCCGUCAAGUACUCUCAAAUCCGCUGGUACUCGUGUCACUGCCUGACAUAUACGACUCCGAUUGUGCUCAGUUGAUUCUCCUCCAUAGCAUCUCUUCCAUGAUACGAGACUACCAACAAUUUCAGACUAUUUGUGAGUCUGAAGAUAACGAUAUGACGCGCAUACAUCUCCUUGCCAACGAAGGUGAAGAGCAAAGGCUACAUCGCCUUCUGCAAAGCACACGAAUGAUCAACGAAAAUCACAAGACUCAAGACGCUGUCAACCGGUCCCUGUUGAUCGAACUUUUGUCUAUGCACAUUUUCGCUCCAUUCGGUCAAUUCGAAUUGGCGGCUGGCCGUGAAGGCCAAGAUGAAGCCAAAGCUGCGUAUUGGAGUGCCCAAGCUUGGAGCAAGCGCUGCCAAGCCCGACAGGCAGUAGCACAUGCUGGCCAGGCCGUUCGCUACUUGCGAGAAAUUCUUCCGUCUCAGUUUACGGAUUUUCACGCUAUUGUCACGUACCAGGUCAGCUUAUGCCUGUGGAUAUAUGGAACAAUCGCAGCCAAUGUUCCUCCAUCUUCAGCUGGCAGUCACCCAUCAAUCAUGUCGCAACGGUUCGCUCUAGACAUGGACGAGACGGCGAAAACACAGCAAUGGAUAAAUCUUAAUCGAGGUAUCCCUACCAUUUGUCAAGUUGUCUCUAGAAACGGGACAGAGGAGGGAGAUCAGAUCCCACUUUCUUCAACCCAGGAGGUUAUGGUCUGUCUACAAGAGCUGCUACCGCGCGAGGUUUUGACAGGUCAAAGUCAUGUAUUGGUCUCAUCAAUCUAUGAUCUUAUGUCUGCUCUUAGCACUGCUAGACCAGGCCCUUUUUCGGCUUAG